AUGAUUCCCAGUAAGAUUUUGGUCUACCACAACCCCUCUGGGGGUACACGGACGGAAACAUAUAAAACUACCAGACGCCGCAAGAAGUCUCAUGGAGAUUUAUUCAAAAAUGGAUACAGAGUUAAAACUGGGCAUAAUGUCCCUGAAAAAGAAGAACAACAUACUUUUCGGCAGACCUUGGUGUCUUGUUAUAGGGUUGGCUCCUACUGGGGUUUAAGAUUUUUACGAGCUCUUAGACUGAUACAGUUCUCAGAAAUUUUGCAGUUUCUGAAUAUCCUUAAAACAAGUAAUUCCAUCAAGUUGGUGAAUCUGUGCUCAAUAUUUAUUAGCACAUGGCUGACAGCAGCUGGAUUUAUACAUUUGGUGGAGAACUCAGGGGAUCCAUGGGAAAACUUCCAAAAUAACCAAGCACUUACAUAUUGGGAAUGUGUUUAUUUACUAAUGGUUACUAUGUCUACUGUUGGUUACGGAGAUGUUUAUGCAAAAACAACACUUGGUCGCCUUUUCAUGGUCUUCUUCAUCCUCGGGGGAUUGGCCAUGUUUGCCAGCUACGUCCCUGAAAUCAUAGAGUUAAUAGGAAACCGCAAGAAAUAUGGUGGUUCCUAUAGUGCGGUUAGUGGAAGAAAGCACAUUGUUGUCUGUGGCCACAUAACAUUGGAAAGCGUGUCCAACUUCCUGAAGGACUUCCUGCACAAGGACAGGGAUGAUGUGAACGUAGAAAUCGUCUUUCUGCAUAAUAUCUCCCCUAACCUUGAGUUGGAAGCUCUUUUUAAACGACACUUCACUCAGGUGGAAUUUUUUCAGGGUUCAGUUCUCAAUCCGCAUGACCUGGCUAGAGUAAAGAUAGAGUCAGCAGAUGCGUGCCUAAUCCUUGCCAACAAAUAUUGCGCUGACCCAGAUGCUGAAGAUGCCUCUAAUAUUAUGAGAGUAAUUUCCAUAAAGAAUUAUCAUCCAAAAAUAAGAAUAAUUACCCAGAUGCUGCAGUAUCACAACAAGGCCCAUCUGCUAAAUAUCCCAAGUUGGAAUUGGAAAGAAGGGGAUGAUGCAAUAUGCCUUGCAGAACUUAAGCUGGGCUUCAUUGCCCAGAGCUGCCUGGCACCAGGCCUAUCGACUAUGCUGGCCAACCUCUUCUCCAUGAGGUCAUUUAUAAAGAUUGAGGAGGAUACGUGGCAGAAAUACUACCUGGAAGGAGUUGCUAAUGAAAUGUAUACAGAGUAUCUUUCUAGUGCCUUUGUCGGUCUGUCAUUCCCUGCUGUUUGUGAACUGGUAUUUGCGAAGCUAAAGCUCUUAAUGAUAGCCAUAGAAUAUAAGUCGGAAAAACGGGAAAGCAGAAGCCGAAAGCGUAUAUUAAUCAAUCCUGGAAACCAUGUGAAGAUUCAAGAGGGUACUUUAGGAUUCUUCAUUGCAAGUGAUGCCAAAGAAGUAAAAAGGGCAUUCUUUUACUGCAAGGCCUGUCACGAUGACAUCACAGAUCCCAAAAGGAUAAAAAAAUGUGGCUGCAAACGACUGAUCUAUUUUGAAGACGAGCAGCCGACGAUGCUGUCUCCCAAAAAGAAGCAGCGAAAUGGAGGCAUGAGAAAUUCACCCAAUUCGUCACCCAAGCUGAUGAGACAUGACCCCUUAUUAAUACCUGGAAAUGAGCAAGUUGACAACAUGGACUGCAAUGUGAAAAGAUACGAUUCCACGGGAAUGUUUCAUUGGUGUCCAGCCAAGGAGAUAGAUAAAGUUAUUUUGACUCGAAGUGAAGCAGCCAUGACAGUGUUAAGUGGCCAUGUGGUUGUCUGCAUUUUUGGAGAUGUGACAUCAGCACUGAUUGGAUUAAGAAAUUUUGUGAUGCCAUUAAGAGCCAGCAACUUCCACUACCACGAGCUCAAGCACAUUGUGUUUGUGGGCUCCCUUGAAUACCUGAGGAGGGAAUGGGAAACAAUGCAUAACUUCCCCAAAGUCUCAAUCUUGCCUGGUACACCAUUAAGUCGAGCUGAUUUAAGGGCUGUCAACAUCAACCUCUGCGACAUGUGCGUAAUCCUGUCAGCCAAUCAGAAUAAUAUUGAUGAUACUUCGCUGCAGGACAAGGAAUGCAUCUUGGCGUCACUCAACAUCAAGUCUAUGCAGUUUGAUGACAGCAUUGGGGUCUUGCAGGCUAAUUCCCAAGGAUUUUCACCACCAGGAAUGGACAGGUCAUCACCAGACAACAGCCCAGUUCACGGCCUCCUACGUCAACCCUCCAUUACAACAGGAAUUGAUAUCCCUAUCAUAACAGAGUUAGCUAAGCCUGGCAAACUUCUGCCUUUGGUUUCAAUCAGUCAGGAAAAAAACAGUGGAACUCACAUUCUAAUGAUAACUGAACUGGUGAAUGAUUCAAAUGUUCAGUUUCUGGACCAAGAUGAUGAUGAUGAUCCUGAUACAGAACUGUAUCUCACACAGCCUUUUGCAUGUGGAACUGCAUUUGCGGUCAGCGUGCUGGAUUCCUUAAUGAGCGCAACAUACUUCAAUGACAAUAUUCUCACACUGAUCCGUACUUUGGUAACCGGAGGAGCCACACCGGAGCUGGAGUCACUGAUUGCUGAGGAGAAUGCGCUGAGGGGAGGCUACAGCACACCACAGACACUUGCGAACAGGGACAGAUGCCGGGUGGCUCAGCUGGCUUUGCUAGAUGGGCCUUUUGCAGACCUCGGGGAUGGCGGUUGUUACGGAGAUCUGUUUUGUAAAGCUCUGAAAACAUACAAUAUGCUUUGCUUCGGAAUAUAUCGAUUGAGAGAUUUCCAUCAAAGCCCGCCUAGCCAAUGUACCAAGAGAUUUGUUAUAGCCAAUCCACCUUAUGAGUUUGAGCUUGUGCCGACAGACUGGAUCUUCUGUUUGAUGCAGUAUGACCACAAUGCGGGGCAGUCCCGGGCUAGUCUCUCCCAUUCUUCCCAUUCCUCUUAUACGUCUAGCAAGAAAAGCUCAUCGGUUCAUUCUAUCCCAGCCACGGCAAACCGACAGAACCGCACCAAGACCAGGGACUCCCGAGAAAAGCAGAAUGCGACAAGGAUGAAUAGAAUGGGCCAAGCAGAAAAGAAAUGGUUUACAGAUGAACCGGAAAAUGCCUAUCCCAGAAACAUUCAAAUCAAGCCCAUGAGCACACACAUGGCCAAUCAGAUUAAUCAGUAUAAGUCUACAAGCAGCUUGAUACCACCAAUCAGAGAAGUCGAAGAUGAAUGUUGACUCCCAGAAGGCCAGAACAAUUUUUUAAAAAAGAAAAAGGAAAAAAAAUAGAAAAAGAAACACGGACAGACUUCAUGAAUGGUGAUGUGACAUUUAUUCCUCUUUCAUGUUGAAUCACUGGUGGCAAAAGAUAAUAGAAAGCCAAGUGUUUGCCAGAAAGCAAAGUAGACAGAUUUUUUGUUUGUCUGCCUUUAAUAUUUGCUUCCAUGUAUUUUGGAAACUAUUUCAUUUAUAAAAGAACAUAAUCAAAGCAGUCAUGUAUAGCCUCUAGCAUUUAAAAUUAUUUUUAUUUAUUAGAAAGAAAAUAUAUUUUUUCUUUAUUGUCAAGUAUUUUCCCUUAACAAAACAGCUGCAAAUGUGGCCAGACUCCAGAGGGCAAGGGGAAAGAAAGAAAGAAAAGAGAAAUUAUAUAUUCCUGCUCCUUUCGGUGUCUUUCAGGAGAAUGAUGGCCACAACUCAAAGCAAAAAUGUAAUUAAAAGAGACAAAUAAUGUAUUUUACAAAAAAAGAGAGGUCCACUUGUAUUUUAGUAAAUCAAAGAAGAAUAAACAAAGAAGAGUUUACUAGAAUGUUUCUUUCCUGGAAGACGUGUAUUUUGUUUAGCAUUGACACCAGCUGUUAAUAAACUGAAGCAUAUUUAUUUUGAAAAAAAAAAGUGGAAACGUCAUAUUUUUGUAGAAUUAACAUUAUUAUGGAACUGCCCAUCUGUUUACCACCGUAGCUACUACAGAUGUUCAUCUAGAGCAUCUUCUUCACAGGUAAAUAUAAGGUAAAAUAGAGCAUAAAUGGGUAAUAGCGGCAAUAAGGUAGCAACCAUUAGCAUAAAACAAAUAUGCAGCACAUUGUUCAGAUACUAGUCAUGGUAAUUUGAGAGAGUUGUAGAAGUGAGGCUGCUGUCUUUCUAUGUUUCACAUUAUCUGUUAUCAGAACAUAUUUACGUACAGAGAUCAGCCAUGGGAAUUUCAGGUUUUUCAUCAUUUUUCCAAGGGCUUUCAUUCAGACCUGUACAAAAUAAUUGUUAAGUUGCCAGACUGUGGGAUUUUACACCAUAAUCUGGGUUUAGCUAAAGAAAGGCUGGAGUUGGCCCUGGAUCAUUCUCCAAUAUUGCACCAUGAAAGGUGACAGGAUUGAUUUCCAUCCCACAACUGGCCAAGGGUGUCUUCCUCACAGGGAGAAAGGCACUCUACAAAUGAUACUAAAUAAAGAAAUAAAGAAAGGCCAAAUCCAGCUUCUCAAUCCUCCUUUGCCCAGAUAUCAGAUGAGUUCUAACUGUGAUGCAACCCUGUGGUUCAGGUACUGCUUCAUGCUGUGCUACAGCCACCUAAUUUCCGUAUUUCCUUUUAAAAAAAAACAUGUUGGAAAUCAGCGUCUAACUUUCAAGCUUUUAGGACUCUGCCUGUCAAGGUUAUACUAAAACAAGCUUAUACAUAGUAACAAAGAAUAAUGAAUGUAUUUAAUAUAACAUACAACAGGCCUUUUAAGAAGGCCCACAGCUCAGUCAGAGUUGUUUCACAUAAUGGCCAGCGAGCUUCUUAGCCAUCUGACAAAAUUGUGAUGUUUCAUAUCUGUGCUGCAGUAUAUAGUCACCCCAGCAUUGGAGGCUCUCAAUAAUUUAGCAUCUCUCUCCGGUUUAAAUUACCAGCUGCUGAUCUAGAUCAAGCUGGGGCAGAUGAUCUCCUGAAGAGAAAGGGGACAAAUAAAUAAAUAAGCAAAUAAAAGGCUGAGGUGAAGAAGACAUCAGGUCCCCAAUGCACAAGCUAAUUUUAGGCUUUCUGUGAUAUUGUUAUCAUUAGAGUAAUAUCAGUGAAUCAAACAAGUCCUGAGCAGAUAAAGGUGUCCACUAUAUAACCCAAUAUUUUAAGCUAAACCUAUCUCAGCUUUAAUGUUUGUCUACUGGCUGCAGUACAAAUAUAUUCAUAACUACACCUAAUAGGCUUUAAUUCCAGAGUGACUUCUUGGACUGUGACUACUUUGUCAUUAUGUUUUGUAGAAUUAGCUAUUCAAAAAAAAAAGAACAAUAAGAACUGUGAAUAUAAUGUAUGGAAAUUGGGUUGUUUAUCAAAAGUAGUUAUUUUACCACUAUAAAAAAAAUAGAAAAUUAACCACAGUUUUAUUUACCUAUGUCACAACAUCAAACACCUAGAUGGGCUCUAGCUUUGAGAGACAACAAUACUCACAGGCAAGCCACAAUUUGUAUUCUGAAUGUUUGCAUUAUAUCAUUUAAAAUAAUUUCUUUGAAGGGCACAAUCCACCAAGAAUGUCUGUAGUGGCCCAACUUAACCUUCUGGAGGCUGCACAAAAGCACAUGAUUUGCACCUGAGACUGUACUCCUUUUUCAUUCAUGAACUGCAAGAUACAAAAAUACAACAGCUGAAAUCCAGUUGUUUAACAUAGUAAGUUACAAUUAGAGUAGACCCACU